UGAUUUAUCGGAUAUUAUGAUGAUGAUGAUGAUGAUGAUAAAAAUUUUGAUAAUAACGAUGUUGUUGUUGACGUUGUCAUCAUCAUCAUCAAUAAUGAAUGGAAAUUCUCCUGUUGUUCAUUUUCUUGGCGGUAUCGGAAAUAUUCAUAAACUUUAUCAUUCAAAUAAUCAUACAAUAAAAGAUUUAUAUCGUUUACAUUUAAAAUUUCAUCAAUUUAUGGCUGAUGGAUUAUUAUCAUCGACGACACCAAAACCAGCGGUAAAAAAUGACGAAAAUAUGGCCAAAUUUUGGCUUAAUUAUCAGAAUUUUAUAUUCUAUCCAACUCAUCAUCAUCAUCAUCAUCAUGGUAAAAUACCAGAAGUUUCGAUUCCUGAUGAUUCAUGGUGGUGGUGGCCAUCAUUGAAUGAAACCAUACAUUGUGAGGAUGAACCAACAAUAACACCGGCAACAACAACAACAACAUCGACAACUAGAAAACCAUUUUUAAUACCAAAUUAUUAUUUUUAUGAUAAUGAUGAAAAGUAAUGAUAAUUUACUUCGAAAAACAACCAAAAAAACAAAGAUCAAAACUCGGAUGUCGAACACCAAAAGGAAACAUUCGAACGAAAAAAAACAAUGUAGCAUUGUUUAUGAACGGUCCUUGUUUUGUUUUUUUGAUCAACGUAACU